UGGACAUAAGCUGCAACAGGUAGCGCACAUGUGACCGUUAGCGUUUCAUUCUGAGGAAAACAGCCACUGUCGAGAAAGCUGUGGUGAACGCUGAGGAGUAACUGUUUAUUGCUCUCCCUUAAGUUCCGUUCAUUUGCACUGGUGACUUUUUGAAGCGUUUUUUUCAGCAGUUCAGGUUGACGGGCCUGGGUGAUUCAGGCAUGAAGUCCAAAGGGAAGGGGUCAAAGAGGACCAGACGCUCCUGGUCAGAGCAAGAGCACUCUGACUUUCAGCUGGAGACGGAGCCAGGCUCUAGUGAACAGGAGGGCUCAGAGGCCUCUCUGCAGCUGGGGGGGACAUGGAAGGCCCUGAAGGCAGAGGGCAGCACCAGGUUGGCCGCAAGGCGCCGCCGCCGCCAGCACAGUAGUGCCAAGGAGCGCAAUGUACGCAGGCUGGAGAGUAAUGAAAGAGAGCGCCAGAGGAUGCACAAACUCAACAAUGCCUUCCAGGCCCUGCAGGAGGCCAUCCCACACGUCAAAAUGGAUAAAAAGCUCUCCAAGAUCGAGACUCUAACCCUGGCCAAGAAUUACAUCAAGGCCUUGACCGCCAUCAUCCUUGGCAUGUCUGGCGCCUGCCUGCCCCAUGAAGGGACCCAGCCAGAAGAGAGCCCGGUUAAGCUUCUACAGCGCUACCAGCAGCACCUGGAGGACGACAAGAUAGGCCAUGACGACCUUUCCAAGUACCUGGACCAAAUCCACAGCUUCAGACACAGUAGCUAACACAGACUCUGGCCACUGCAAUGUCCAGCCCCAGUGACUCAGUAAAGACUCGAGAGACUGCUUUUCACAGCCUGGAGAGCACAUUGUAGAAAAGAACAUUUGGUGCUGCCAGUGUGAAGCCCUAAGACUGAAUGAUAUAGAUAUAAGAUACAGAUAUAACCCUAAGAUGAGCUCUCCAUGGAGACACAUACUCAUAUUAACGGUGUGUUCGGAUGGUUCUCACAAACACAUGAACUUCCAAGUUUACCACAAGAAUGUUGCAUUAAAACGGCUGACAAAGCCUUUAAUACGUGGUGAACUCCAGUCGUUAUGUUCCCUGAUACCCUCUGAAAGUAGUAAGGAAAGCUGGCAAAGCAAGUGAAUGGUAAACACAUUAAUGACAUGAAGUUCUGUGCCAUUGUGUGUUUAAAUGAUUGUAAUGAAAACAAACACACCAGUAAACAAAUCACAAGCAACAGUGAGCAGCGUAGUCAGUCUAUCAUAGGAGAUGUAUGCAUUGUUCACGAGUAAAACAGUAGCAUGACCGUUUCCUGACUUUACAAGAACCAUCUGAACACACCAUAAAAGUGGAAAUUUGGUCUGUGGUUAUUUUAUGUUAAAUAUCAUGCUGAAUUGUUUUCAUUCAUCAUUUUCUUGUGCCAGAAUGAAACAAAACACACACACACACACACACACACACACACACACACACACACCCCCCAGCCCAUUAGCCAGUAACAUGAAGAAGAACAUCCUGUGGAACUGGAAUACUUCAGUAAUGACUGUAAAUUACAAGGACUGAAAAGCAAACAUAAAUGAAUGUUAUUAUUUAUAGUCACAUUUAUUGAAAGGGCACAGGCCAUGCAUACAUCAACACUGAGGUGUUUUAAUGUACCUAACAAUAACAGCAGCUUUUUACAGCUGGAUUAUGGAAGUUAAAAACAUGGGAAGCCUUUCCUUUUUAAAACCUUUAACACACACAUUUCAGUACGGAAUGUAUACAGAAAUAUGGUGCAAACUAUACACACCUUACUUUCACAUUGACAUUUGCCAGUUACAACAAUUUAUAUUACAGUUACAGUUUUUUUCUCCUUUUCUUUUGUGUACCUACAUAUUUAUGAUAAAGCCUUUUCAUUCAUAUUUACAGCUUAACCUUAAAUAAUGCCCUAAAAUCAAUAUUCAUAAUUGACAUUUCACUUUGACAUGUCACAUUAUG